UCCCUCGAAUCGUAUUGCUGGAAGCACACGGCCUGUUUAGUGAAAGAAUUUAGUGCUAAACCUUUAAACCCUUGGAAAUUUAGGGUUCUUCCGCGGAUGGGCGAGGGAAAGAGACGACGCAAGCCGCGACAGCGGCAGCCGCAGCUCGCCGGUGAUCCUGUCGGCCAUGCUCUUGGACCGAUGCCAUCGCGAGGCCAGAUCGAUGCCGAGACGCAGAAAUAUUUUUCCGAGGUCUUGGCGCUGCUGGAAACGAUUGCCGAUGACAAGGAGAGGGAGGCAUUGUGCGCCAGCGCUCUGGAAGAGGCCCGCGGCAAGGAAUUGCGGCUCGCCUCGCAUCCUUCUUGCGGUAGAGCGCUUGAGAAGCUCAUCCAGUCCUUCGAUGCUGCUCGGUUGCUAUCGUUUCUCGGGCAGUGCACGGCAGAUUUCGCGAGCAUGGCAAUGGAUCCCUCGGCUUCUCACGUUGCUGAGAUGAUGCUUGGGAGCUUGUCCGAGAUUUUGCAGCAAAAUGGUGGAGAUGCGGGACUGAUUUCCUCGAUCGAGAGUGCGGUGGCCAGGAUCUCCGAGGUACUGCAAGGAAGUGCUCUUGAGGUUAUGGGAAACAAAUAUGGCUCGCAUGUCUUGCGAAAGUUCACUCUUCUUGCAGCCGGAUUAGUGGAAACAGAGGGAAAAGAUGGCUUGUCGAGGAAACUAGGACGAAUGGAUUCCAUGGCGAAAACAUGCGAAUGCAUCCAUGCAGGCUUCCCGAGAAUUCUCAAGCAACUUACCAGUGAGAUUCUAGUAGCAUGCAAAAGCUCAAUGUCUGAGAGAAGGAUGGACCAAUUUUCGAGUCUCGUAUUUCAGACCAUUCUCAAGGCGCUCCAUGGAACUGGAAGUGAUACGUCUUCAGCCAUAGCAACACUCUUAGGUUUUGAUCAAACAGAAAUGAUUUCGCCUAAAGUGUUGGAACGCAUUUUGGAGUUGAUGGAGAAUCAAAACGGUAGUCAUUUGAUGGAGGUCAUACUACAGGUGGCAUCUAACGAGGUGUACGCAAAAUUGCUUGAAGAAAUCUUCAAAGGAAAUUUGAAGCGGCUAGCAACGCACCAAUUUUCGAAUUUUGCUCUACAAACGUUGAUUGCCUUUGCACGCCAAGAAGAUCAGGUGAGCCUCUUCUUGGACGAGUUAGGAAAGGAUUUUACCGAGUUAAUAAAGAAGAAAAGGGCUGGUGUCAUUGUGAGCUUGCUGGGAGUAUGUAGCCGUAUGAGUACCAGCCAGCAUGAGAUAAGCCGAUUGGUUGCUACUGUCAUCUGUCCGAAAUGUGCCUCUCGUGAUACUCUUGUCCUGCGCUUGCUUCACUUAGAAGGACACGACUCGGAUGGGAAGUCAGGAAGGAAAAUGUCCAUUCUGGGAUGCGUAAUGCUACAGAUUUUGUUCACUUUUUCUCAGGACUGCAGUCAGCAAUACUACAAAAGCUUCUCAGUACUUGAAAUGACACAGAUUCUGGAAGCCAUAAAAGAUAAAGCUGGAUGCCACGUUGUGGAAGCGUUUCUCAAAUCUCCUGCAUCGCCAAAACAAAAGCACGCUGUGAUAGAGAGAUUGAAAGAUCAUUUUGCAGUGCUGGCCACGGAUACAAAGGCUCACUACAUCGUAACAAAGUGCUUCGAGGCAGCAAAUCUCAAGCUCAAAGAAUCCAUUGUAAUGGAGCUGAUUGGCGUGCAAAAUGAUCUCUCAAAGUCCAGGCACGGUCCCUACAUUCUGGGCAGGUUAAACGUUGCGAAAUAUGAGAAGGCUCCAGACAAAUGGAGACAAUCUCAGCAAACGAGCCAUGCUCACAAGGAAGACUACGAAAAGCUCUUCAAACGCGAGCAACCUGAGCAUCAUGGUGCCCCGAGAAGAAAGAAGCAGAAGUAUCAGUGAAAGGAAUUAGAAAUCUAGUGUUUUUAUGGGGACAAUGUAAAAUCAAGAGCUCGCGAUCUUUUGGAAAGCGUGGGCCAAGAACAGUGGUGGAGUUGGAAGGAUCUUCAAGCCGUGGGGCUUCUCUUUUCUUUUAUUUUGAUCAUUCUCUAAAUACGUGAAGUUACAUGUGAUCAAUUUUUUGAA